AAUCCCCCCUACAUUCUCUCCCAUUUCUCCAACAACACCUCCUUGCAAAAUUAACCAGAAUCCACAACACAACAUAUUGCAGAUUUUAUAACGUGAGUGAUAAACACGUCACAAAAAAGAAAGAAACCAAACAUGGCUUUGGGGAACAUUAAGAGUACUCACCAGCUUCUCUCCAAGAUUGCAACCAACGACAAGCAUGGAGAGAAUUCUCCUUACUUUGAUGGGUGGAAGGCUUAUGAAACAAACCCAUUUCACCCCACAAAAAAUCCUCAGGGUGUUAUCCAGAUGGGUCUUGCUGAAAAUCAGCUCUCCUUUGAUCUGAUUGAAGAGUGGAUCAGGAACAAUCCCAAGGCCUCCAUUUGCACUCCUGAAGGAGUAGAUAAUUUCAGGCACAUUGCAAACUUUCAGGACUAUCAUGGGCUGCCAGAGUUCAGAAAUGCAGUGGCAAAAUUCAUGUCAAAAGUGAGAGGAGGUAGGGUGAGAUUUGAUCCUGACCGUAUACUGAUGAGUGGAGGAGCCACAGGGGCAAAUGAGUUAAUCAUGUUCUGUUUGGCUGAUCCAGGAGAUGCUUUUCUAGUUCCCUGCCCUUAUUAUCCAGCAUUCGUGCGUGACUUGUGCUGGAGAACCGGAGUGCAACUAAUUCCUGUCCAAUGUGACAGCUCCAACAACUUCAUGAUAACAAGAGAAGCUCUUGAAGCAGCAUAUAACAAAGCAAAAGCCCACAACAUCAAUGUGAAGGGUUUGCUCAUCACAAACCCUUCAAAUCCUCUUGGAACCACGGUGGACCGCGAAACACUGAAGAGCAUCGUGCGCUUCAUCAAUGAAAAGAACAUCCAUUUUGUAUGCGAUGAAAUCUACGCGGCCACAGUUUUCAACACUCCAACCUUUGUGAGUGUCGCCGAAGUAAUCCAAGAAAUCGAGCAUUGCAAACGCAAUCUCAUUCACAUUAUCUAUAGUUUAUCCAAAGACAUGGGGCUUCCAGGUUUUAGAGUUGGAUUGGUUUAUUCAUACAAUGAUGAAGUAGUGAACUGUGGAAGAAAAAUGUCUAGCUUUGGAUUAGUGUCAUCACAGACACAGCAUUUUUUGGCUGCGAUGCUUGCAGAUGAGGAGUUUGUGGAAAGGUUUCUUAAAGAAAGCGCGAAGAGGCUGAGGCUGAGGCAUGAGUACUUCACGAAAGGGCUUGAGAAGGUGAACAUUACUUGCUUGCCAAGCAACGCGGGGCUUUUCUGCUGGAUGAAUCUGAGGGGUUUGCUGAAGAAACACACGUUUGAAGGCGAGAUGGUGUUGUGGCGCAUGAUUGUGAAUGAGGUGAAGCUCAAUGUUUCACCGGGGUCGGCUUUUAACUGCUCUGAGCCUGGUUGGUUCAGGGUUUGCUUUGCGAACAUGGAUCAUGAAACUGUGGAGGUUGCGCUCAAGAGGAUAAGAGCGUUUGUCGGGAAAGAAAUUGGGGUGGAACGCAAACGUUGGAAGAGCAACCUUAGGCUCAGUUUCUCAACAAGGAGAUUUGAUGAGACUGUUAUCAUGUCUCCUCACAUGAUGUCUCCUCAUUCACCUCUUGUCAGAGCAACCACUUAAUUGGAUCAGAUCAGCAACCCCUAGUAUUGAAUCUUGUCUUACUUCAGGUGUUAAUUAUAUAGAUGCUUUGUGUUUCCAAUUAAUUUAGCUAUGAUUUUUUUAAUUACCAAUCAAUGUAGAUUGUGAAUGCAUACAUCAUUUAUGUAAUCAUAGGAGUGAAUAACAUGUUUUACAUUUGUGUGUUGUUGUCUGAGUAUGUGGACAGCUAACCCUGUUGUAGUUAGGUAACCAACAUGGUUUGAUCAGUUCAAGUGAUAUAUAUUAUGAUUGUGAAAGAUGUUCCCCUAUUCAAUUGUAGGAUGUAAAAUUGUUUGGUUCCUUAA